AUGAAGGUUCUUGUAUGCGGAGGUGCCGGUUACAUUGGUUCCCAUCUUGUACGGGAAAUCACCAAGUUGCCCAAAUAUCAAGUUGCUGUUUUUGACAAUCUGUCCAAGGGUCAUGCUGCUGCUGUACCUGCCACCACACUACUCAUUCAAGGCGAUAUUCGCAACAAAGAGGAUCUUGAAAAAGCAUUCACUAGUUUUAAACCAGAUGCUGUUUUUCAUUUUUGUGCUAGUAUUGAAGUGGGAGAAAGUUGCAUUGAUCCUUUAAAAUACUACGAAAACAAUGUAUCGGGCACAAUCACUCUCCUCCAAGCCAUGCAAAAGCAUGGAACAAAGUAUUUUGUGUUUUCAUCUACUGCUGCGCUGUUUGGUAUGCCAGAUCGUGUUCCAAUUCACGAGUUUGAUGCAACUGUGCCAAAAAAUCCAUAUGGUGAUACCAAGCUUGCUGUGGAAACCAUACUCAAAUGGUGCGACGAGGCUUGGGGUCUCAAAAACGUGUGCCUACGCUACUUUAACGCAUGUGGGGCCGAUGCAUCUGGUGAUAUUGGUGAAGACCAUCAGCCCGAGUCUCAUUUGAUUCCUAUUGUGCUUCAGGUUCCACGUGGAAAGCGUGAAAAGGUCUUUAUCAAUGGUAAUGACUACAACACACACGAUGGUACUUGUGUGCGGGACUACGUCCAUGUUACAGAUCUGGCCACUGCGCACAUCAAGGCUCUUGAGCAUAUGCUAAAGACAAACACAUCUGACAAGUUUAACUUGGGAAGUGGCAAAGGAUACUCUGUCAAGGAGAUUAUCGAAGCAGCUCGCAAGGUUACGGGACAUCCUAUUCCUGCUGAUUUUGCCGAAAGACGACCUGGUGAUCCAGAUACACUGAUUGCUGCUUCAGAACGUGCCGAACAGAUUCUUGGCUGGAAACGCCAGUAUACCUCCAUUGAGGAGAUUGUUGCCUCUGCAUGGAAUUUCCACCAGAAACACCCUAAUGGAUUAGAACAUUAGUAUAUUCUUUGAUUCAUUUGACUGGAGGAUUGUUGUUGCUAUGCACCUUUUUCAAUGAAAACGUGAACAUAUCAGUUUGUUUGCUUGUGCAACUCGUAAAUAAAUUUGAAGUGUCCAAAUGUGUUUAUUCAU